AUGAAAGGAAGAAAACAUUCAUAAAGUGGGAAAGUGAGCGUAAGAAUAUAAAAUAAAUAUAGGAAAGAAGCAGUCGAAGGUAAUUGGAAAAUGAAUAAUUGGUAAAGAAACCUGAUAUAAAAUCAGCAACUUUAGGAUAAAUAUUUUUAGGAUGUACUCCUUAAUUUGGUGGAUUAGAGAACGGUAAUUGAAAUAAAUAAAAUAUAGGGAAAAUAACUAAGUUGUAAUUUAGAAAAUUUUUGAUGACUGAGUAAAUUUGUUUUGUUUUUAAUUUAAUGGGAUUAGGUUUGAGCGUAAUGUAAUACGAUUUAGAGUUUGAUGAAGAAGAUGAAGAAGUAAUAUGUAAAUGAAAGUAUUUAGAUUUCAAAUUGGUUAUUAUGGAUUAUAUUUAUCUCUACAUUGGCUUUAUUAGUUUUAACAGUAUUACGUUAUUAAUAACAUAUGAAUUGGUUGAAAUCAAGAAAACAAAUUAGUUAGAAUGAUCGAAUUUGGCAAACAGAUUCUUGGUAUUCAAUGCUUGUGGAAUUAUUAAUUUAUUGUGUUGUUCCUUAUCCAUUUACAUCUGGAAUAAGAGUUUACUUUUACAAUAGUUUUUAAGAUGCAACAGCUUAUUACCAUGUUAAUGAAAUUCUUGCUUUGAUAAUGAUAACAAGAACAGUGUUUAUAUUCAGAACAAUAUUGGCAUAGACGUUCUGGUACAGUAAUAGAACAUAAAGAGUAUGUAAUCUGUAUGCAUGUGAAGGUAAUUAUAUGUUUGUGGCAAAAUCUUUAAUGAGAACUUCUCCUUAUACUUCAUAAUUCAUAGCUUUAGUUUCUUUAAUUGGAAUUUUCGGUUAUGGAGUUAGAAUUUGUGAGAAUCCUUUAGCAAGAAAUGAUCCAGCAAAUAAUAAUUUAGGUAGAUAUGCUAAUGCUUUAUGGAAUAUUAUUAUUACUAUCACAACUGUUGGAUAUGGAGAUUUCUAUACAAGAACAGAUUUAGGAAGAUUUGUUAUAUUUGUUGUUUGUAUUUUGGGAAUAUNUCAACUUGAAUAAAAUUUGAUUUUGACUUUAAUAAAUAUUAAGAUAUAUAGUAUUGAUUUUUAUAUUGACUUGUAAAUUUUCAAUUUUGUUAAUAUUUAUUUUGAGUUUUUAUUAAUUUUUUUAAUAUAAAAAUGAAAGGAAGAAAACAUUCAUAAAGUGGGAAAGUGAGCGUAAGAAUAUAAAAUAAAUAUAGGAAAGAAGCAGUCGAAGGUAAUUGGAAAAUGAAUAAUUGGUAAAGAAACCUGAUAUAAAAUCAGCAACUUUAGGAUAAAUAUUUUUAGGAUGUACUCCUUAAUUUGGUGGAUUAGAGAACGGUAAUUGAAAUAAAUAAAAUAUAGGGAAAAUAACUAAGUUGUAAUUUAGAAAAUUUUUGAUGACUGAGUAAAUUUGUUUUGUUUUUAAUUUAAUGGGAUUAGGUUUGAGCGUAAUGUAAUACGAUUUAGAGUUUGAUGAAGAAGAUGAAGAAGUAAUAUGUAAAUGAAAGUAUUUAGAUUUCAAAUUGGUUAUUAUGGAUUAUAUUUAUCUCUACAUUGGCUUUAUUAGUUUUAACAGUAUUACGUUAUUAAUAACAUAUGAAUUGGUUGAAAUCAAGAAAACAAAUUAGUUAGAAUGAUCGAAUUUGGCAAACAGAUUCUUGGUAUUCAAUGCUUGUGGAAUUAUUAAUUUAUUGUGUUGUUCCUUAUCCAUUUACAUCUGGAAUAAGAGUUUACUUUUACAAUAGUUUUUAAGAUGCAACAGCUUAUUACCAUGUUAAUGAAAUUCUUGCUUUGAUAAUGAUAACAAGAACAGUGUUUAUAUUCAGAACAAUAUUGGCAUAGACGUUCUGGUACAGUAAUAGAACAUAAAGAGUAUGUAAUCUGUAUGCAUGUGAAGGUAAUUAUAUGUUUGUGGCAAAAUCUUUAAUGAGAACUUCUCCUUAUACUUCAUAAUUCAUAGCUUUAGUUUCUUUAAUUGGAAUUUUCGGUUAUGGAGUUAGAAUUUGUGAGAAUCCUUUAGCAAGAAAUGAUCCAGCAAAUAAUAAUUUAGGUAGAUAUGCUAAUGCUUUAUGGAAUAUUAUUAUUACUAUCACAACUGUUGGAUAUGGAGAUUUCUAUACAAGAACAGAUUUAGGAAGAUUUGUUAUAUUUGUUGUUUGUAUUUUGGGAAUAUUUGUUAUUUCAGUUAUGGUUGUUACUCUUAUUAAUUCUUUGGUGAUUUCAACUUUAGAAUCUCAUGCUAUUACAGUCUUAGAAAGAAUUUAAUUAAGAUAAUCCUUAACUUAAUCAGCUUCACAAGUAGUUCUCUAUUCACUUAAAAUUGCUGUUGCACUCAAGUAAUAAUUUCAACAAUAUUUAUUAGAAAGGGAAAUUUAACUAAAAUCUAACUUAAAUUACUCCUAAUUAAACUUAGAAAGAAUCUUAAUGAUUUCAAAAUUUAAAGGAGAUAAUAUAGAAAUAAACAAGAUGUUGGAAAUAUGAAUGAAGAAAUUACUAAUUAAUUUAGUCUCUUAAAGUCAGAUUUUAGUGAUGUUAUUGAAAAAUAAAAAGGCUUGCUCUUAUAAAAUUAAGACAUCAUGAAUAAAUUAGGAGUAGAAGCUAAACCUUAUAUAUCAAGUCCCUAAUUAUGA